UCAUUAGCAGUAAUAGCAACAAUAAUAUAGCAACUACAUCAAUUGCAGAAGCAAAUGCAGAAUUAACUGUUCAAUCAACUGUUGAAGCAAAAUUAGAUGACAAAAUCAAGCAUUAUAUUGACACAUGCUAUGUUUCUGCUUCCGAGACUUUUUGCCGAAUAAUGCACUAUAAAAUGCAUAAUGAA